CUUAGGGUCCUGGAAAUGAGAGACAGCCUCUGGUUUUAUUUUCUCCUUUUGGAAAGAGUUCUAGAAUAUUACCUGUGGUCUUUUGUGACAUUGCCACCCGGCGGAAUGGUAUGCAGAAGAUAAAGGCAAUUCACAUCCCCUUCCUCAUUUCAUCAGCUAUGAGCUCCAAGGAACACCCAUCACUUCAUGACCAUCAGAAAAAGACGCCAUUACCAGCAGUGCCCAGACACCUAACCAAAGGCUGGCGUCAGAUUAUGCUAAUGAACUCCAGAUCCCAAGCCUCUUGUUGCCUGGUGACAAAGUUUCACCAUUGAGGAAGAGGAACUGAGACCAGCAGGAGUGUACCUUCUAGCAGUUUCAUAUGACUUUUUUCCUCAAACUGAUCACCAAUCAAUCAGAACUAUCUACUUCAAACACACUCCCUUAACUAAAAGAACAUGGCCAAGGGUGGCAAAGGCCCCAAGGGCAAAAAGAUCACCUUCAAUGUGGCCAAGAAUUGCAUCAAGAUCACAUUCGACGGGAAAAAACGCCUCGACUUGAGCAAGAUGGGAAUUACCACCUUCCCCAAGUGCAUCCUGCGCCUCAGUGAUGUGGACGAGCUCGACCUUAGCCGGAACAUGAUCAAGAAGAUCCCUGACUCCAUCUCCAAGUUCCAAAACCUGCGGUGGCUGGACUUGCACAGCAACUACAUCGAUAGGCUGCCUGAGUCCAUUGGCCAGAUGACCACUCUGCUCUACCUCAACGUGAGCAACAACAGGCUGACCGCCAACGGGCUGCCCGUGGAGCUCAAUCAGCUCAAGAACAUCCGCACUGUGAACUUAGGCCUGAAUCACCUGGACAGCGUGCCCACCACGCUGGGCGCCCUGAAGGAGCUCCAUGAGGUGGGUCUCCAUGACAACCUGCUCAACUCCGUCCCCACCAGCAUCUCCAAGCUCCCCAAGCUGAAAAAGCUCAACACAAAGCGAAACCCUUUUCCCAAGGCAGAAGAGGCGGAUACAUUCAUAGAUACAAUCAAGCGGAUGGAAAAUCUGUACUUGGUGGACGAGAAGGAUCUGUGUGGGACUUGCCUGAGAAAAUGCCAGCAGGCCCGGGAAAAGCUGAACAAAAUCAAGAACAUGACCGUGACGGCACCGAAAAGGGCCAUCUUUUCUAAUUUGGUCUCACCCAACUCCAUGGCCAAAGGAUCCCAGGAAGAUUGGAGGAUUCGCUCAACAUCUCCCUAGAGUAGCUUAUGACAAAAACUUGAAGACUAAUCAGCUAAGAAGAAUAAACAACUCUGACGAAGAAAAGCGCUCAGUUAGGAGAAGAAAGAGAGUGUCAUGGGGAACAUUCUGGAAGCCAGGCUCUCUGGUGCCGGCCAAGCCAUUGAAUUGCUUCUUAAAUUCACUUUGCCUUUUUUGAUGAUCUGUGUGCAAAAAUGACUUUGGGAAAUACUUGAUGUGUGAUUUUUUUUUAAUGUGUAUAGAGGAAAUGCUUACGACAACGAUAGAUAUAAAUGACAGACAACUGAAGAUUUAAAAGAAGGCUUUAAGACUUAAAAGACAUAUGCUCUUACGCUUAACUUGAACUGGUAAAAUCCCAACCCCAGUUGCCUCUGAUAAGUUAUGUGUGUAUAACAUGAUACCUCAAGCAACUAAAAUUUAUACCAGGAAGUCAUACCAAAAAAACCUCAAAUAAAAAAAAACUACAUAAAUCAAAGUAGAAUUUUAUCGAAUCUUUCAGUAAUGCAAAGGUAGGCAGGAAAAAGAGAAAUGAACAACAGAGGGAAAAAUAGGAAACAAAAAAAUAUAUAAUGGCCAGACUGAUGUGCUAACACCUUAGUAAUUUGUUAAAUGUAAAUAGUCUGCUUUGUUUGUAAUGGCCCCAAACUAGGAACAACCAAGUUUCCCUCAACAGGAUGGUUUAACCAACUCUGGUAUGUGAUACCAGUCAGCAACAAAAGAGCACGCUACGGAUACAACUUGGAUGAUCUCAAGGCAUUAUUCUGGGUAAAAAAGGCCUAUCUUCAAAGGUCACAUACUCUGUGACUCCACUUACAGAAUAUCCUCUAAAUGACAAAAUGCUAGAGAUGAAAAACAGAUCAGUGGUUGCCAGGGGUCAAGGUUGACAAGGGGUGAUUGAUGCUGCUGAGCAUGACCAUGACUGUGGUGAUCAAAUUGUGUACGUCGAUUGAUCGUGGUGGGGGUUACAAGAAUCUGCACGUGUGAUAAAAUGACAAAGAACUAUGCAUACAAAUUGUACCAAUGUCAGUUUCCUGGUUUUGAAAUUGUACUUUAGUUAUACAAGAUGGAACCAUUGGGAGAAAUCAAGUGAAAGCUGCUUGGGGACUCUGUAUUAUUUUUGCAACUUCCUAUGAAUCUACACUGAAUUUAAAAUACAAUAAAAAAUUUAAAAAAAUCUUACAGCCUAUUUGCAGCAAAAAACAGAUCUUUGUGUAUCUGCCAAGGGCUAAUUUAUGAGUGACUAUGGCAAGCAUAAAGUUCCUCAACCAUCCUGAAGAGUUAAGGCAUUUUGGGAGAAAGAGUGCCUUAACCUUGGAUCACCAGACUAACUUAAGAUGAUCCAUGUUGCUCUUAUCUUAUUGAAGAUUCCCAAGAAAGAUGCUAAAAUAAUAAAAAGACAACGCAUAGCUUCUCUGUCUGUGCCCCAGGUUUUCUGGUGGUGGCUGGACACAGGUGGCAAGUAGGGUGGGGGGACAGUGAGCCAGUGAGUUGCUCCUCUCUCAGUUCUGGACUUUCACACACCUGCCCACUACCCCGUGGAAGCACCUCGGCUGGGUGAAGCUGGAUGGACAAAGGGGCCAGGCUUGGUGCGGAGAACAGGGCUUAAGUUGGGCUUCUGCCUAGAAAGAGGUCUGAGGUCAGGACUAAGGAUUGUGCUAGGAGGAGACAUGAAUAGGAAAGACAGAGAGCAGCAUGGAGGGGCCCCAAAACGAAGUCUGAGCGGGGCUCAGGUGGAGCUCACUGCAGGUCACAGGGGUCCACUGCCCAGGGCCUGCUGAACCAACCAUGUGAGAAAAUCCACGAUGCCAGGGCAUGGGUCAUCCCACCAGGGGUUUAGUGCACCUCUGGUUCCAGUGAUUCUGCUGUAACCCCGGGGUUUGAGUUGUGUGGCCCCUACAACUGCUGUCCCAGGGCUGUGCUUUACCAAGAAGCCAAAGGAGCAUGUCUCCCCACUCAGUGAUGGAGGAAAAUCUCUCUAUCAAAGCAAUCAUGCACAUUACAGAUCCUCAGUCUUCCAGCUGGUCAACAGUGAUGAUCUACGGAGACUAGGACCGAAGGGGCAGAAGUGGGGAGAUGGAGUACUUGAAAUUUAGCCUCCACAGUGCCACCAGUAGUGCCCUGAGGGGUGUGAUUGAUUAUCGUGGAAGACCAUCUUCUCAUGGGAGUUUAUAGCUUCUUAUGGUUGGUUUUCUAAGUUCUCUGUCUUUCACUAUUUUUCA